CAUGCGGUAAUGCCAUCGCAAUUGUGAUUUGUUUUUAUUUGCAAUGAGUUUUCUGGUGACCUUUCUAAAAUUCUGUAUUACUCGUGAAUACGUUUAAUUAAAUAUAUUCAGGUGGAUACACCUGUGUUAUAAAUGCAGCCGUUUAUAAUAAUACGUAACUAUCGUGACGACGAUGAACUUAAAUGUCAGGAAUUGGUGCGGGACUAUAUUAUGUCCUUCGUUAAGAAGUCUUUCUAUUGUUUUUGUUUUCGAGAGAUAACACUGCAAUUCAUUGUAAUAACAUGGGCUAUAUUAUUUAUAUUCAUCGGAGUGCCGUUGCAAUUUUGUGCAAUGACAAUACCCGGCUGCAUAUUUUUCCUUUUCUCGGGCACGUACUUUUCAUUUUACGCCAAAGCAGUAGAAUUGAUGAGAACAAAACCUUCACAAUCUCUUGUAGCUGAGUGCUAUGAACCAUUUAUAUUUCGCCUAAAACCCAAGGAAGCCACAUACCAAAUUUUUCUCGAUGAUCCUCCCUACGAAAAAUCUUAUCUAAAUAAAUUUAGAAAAAAGAUUAUUGCUACGAUAAGUAUUAAAAAACAUAAUUCUCUUUACAACGCUGCUUGGAUAUAUCGAUUUGCUAUAGCGCCAGACUAUCCGUUUUCCAAAAUCGCAGAACCAAUGUUCAAUCUGGUAUGCAAGAAAUGCAUUGCUAACGGUUGUAGUUCUUUGGAAUGCACAAUCUCCGAGUGGCAAGAAGAAGAACGAGAUUUCUUUGACAAUAAAGGGUUUGCUACCCGUCAGAUUUAUCACAAGCAAAUUAUAGGCAGUACUUUGACUGUUAUGAAAACUCUUCUUACAUAUGAUCUUCAUCCGAACGCACAACAACAAACUAAUCAUACAAAAUUGGACAUAAUGAAAUAGCGUUAGAGCCAAUCAAGUAAACUGCACUGAACAUGAAACACAGAAGCCUUCCUAAACAUUCCUCAAGCAAAUAAUACUCACAACAAAAACUCCAUUAUCGUAUAGUUAAAACGCAAAACUAUUUGUCCUUUUUAUAAAUAAAUGCACGAUACUUUAGUAUAAAUUAA